UCCUUUGCUCUUGCUUAUCAACAACUAAGGUGGUUUUCCUUAUACAGUGCUCUCUCUCUCUCUCUCUGGGUGGUUCAGGCAUCACCUUCGUGUGAUAAUGGCAUCAAUUUUUAAAUUGGCAAUGCAACCUUACACUUCUAGCGAGUCAUCUCUUGGUACUAAAGCAAUUCCAUCCGUCUCAAACAAUCUUGCUGGUGCUUUUGUUGGUGUUUCAUUGCCAAUAAGAUCUACGAAGAAGAACAGAACCGUGAAGAUUAAUAGGACAGUGACUGCUGCAGCUGCUGUUGCCACUACUCCAUCGGACGAAAUCACAGAGUAUCAACUUCCUAGCUGGGCUUUGUUCGAACUCGGGAGGGCUCCCGUGUACUGGAAAACCAUGAAUGGUCUUCCUCCAACUUCUGGUGAGAAGCUAAAGCUUUUCUACAAUCCGGCUGCAACAAAACUUAAACCAAAUGAAGAUUUUGGAAUUGCCUUUAAUGGAGGUUUUAAUCAACCCAUUAUGUGUGGUGGCGAGCCAAGGGCAAUGCUUCAGAAAACUCGAGGCAAAGCUGACCCCGCAAUAUACACUAUCCAGAUAUGCAUUCCCAAGCACGCUGUGAACUUGAUCUUCUCAUUCACAAAUGGAGUUGAUUGGGAUGGUCCUUACAGACUUCAGUUUCAAGUUCCUAAACCUUGGCAAAACAAACCAAUUGAAUUCUUUAAUGAGGGAUUGGCAGAAGAGUUGAGUAAAGAAGGGGCCUGCGAGAGAGCAAUCUUUCCGGAUUCAAAUGUUGUUGUUACAAGAUGUGCUAUGAUCGGUAACUUGUCCAUAGAAGGAGGUGAUCGCUGCAAUCUUGAUAUAGUUACAGGAUGCAUGGAUCCUAGCUCACACUUGUAUAACCCACUUGCAAAUUUAGAUGAUGGAUCCUGCGCAGUUGAUCUGGAGGAUUAAUCUCACUCUGCCAAUCAUAUACCAUUAAAAUUACUAUUGUGGCCUAUACAUUUACACCAUACUGGAUGUCUGUGACAUUUUAUAAUAGCAUGGAGUUCUUGAAAAUAA